GUGCGCGCGCGUGUGUGAGCGCGCGUGUGCGUCCUCUCUCUCACUCCGCUGAUUGGACUCUUAUUGCUCGCAACUCUGACUGAAGAUAGAAAAUAUGAAAUAAGAUAAAAAGUUUUCUUGAGAACAACUCGAUCAUCUGAGCGUCGCUGCUGCAGAUUUUUCUUUUCUUUUGGGGAUAAAAGAGGGGAACUGCGCGUCUGGGAGUCGCUUCAUGGUGAUUUGCUGGGAGGAUCUGCGCUCUGCUUCAUUCAGGACCAUGACCUUCACCAGCAGCAGAACUCUCUCUGCUCAACCUCAAUGCGGCCAAAUGACAUGAGGAACUAAAGGUUGAGGACAUUGCACCCCCUGCUGGACUCCACUUGCAGUUGCAGGCCAUGGAUGAGCCCGGUUACUCCGACCUUAUUGCCACACAUUACAACUACACUGGCAAGUUCCGCAAAUCCACCCAGCAGGACUCGGGUCUAAAGGCUGACUCUGUUAUUUUCAUCAUUGUAUGCUGCUUUAUCAUUCUGGAGAACAUCCUGGUCUUGACCACCAUCUGGAGGACCAAGAAGUUCCACAAGCCCAUGUACUACUUCAUCGGGAACCUGGCGCUAUCUGACCUAUUGGCUGGCAUUGUCUACACCGCCAACAUCCUGCUGUCUGGUGCCAACACCUACAAGCUGACCCCCACACAAUGGUUCUUCAGGGAGGGCAGCAUGUUUGUGGCGCUGGCAGCGUCCGUCUUCAGCCUGUUGGCCAUUGCUAUUGAGCGCCACCUCACCAUGCUGAAGAUGAAGCUGCACAACAACGGAAACACGUUCCGAGUCUUCCUCCUGAUCAGCACUGUGUGGAUGAUUGCAGCAGUGCUAGGCGGACUGCCGGUGAUGGGCUGGAACUGCAUCCAAAGCAUGGAGCAGUGCUCCACCGUGCUGCCACUGUACCACAAGACCUACAUCUUGUUCUGCACCACCGUCUUCAGCAUUAUCCUCAUGGCCAUCGUGGUGCUCUAUGCCCGGAUUUACGCUCUGGUACGCACCCGCAGCCGCAAACUUGUGUUCCGCAAAGUCACCAAUGGUCGAAGCAGUGCCAAUGCCAACAAUAAGAGUUCAGAGAAGUCCAUGGCGUUACUAAAGACUGUCAUCAUAGUUCUGAGCUGCUUCAUCGCCUGCUGGGCACCGCUUUUUAUCCUCCUGCUCCUAGAUGUGGCCUGUGAGACCCUGACCUGUCCCAUCCUCUACAAGGCUGAGUGGUUCCUUGCACUUGCUGUCCUGAACUCUGCCAUGAACCCGCUCAUCUACACACUGACCAGCAACGAGAUGCGUCGGGCUUUCCUCAAGACACUGCUUUGCUGCACCGCCUGGAUUCGACCGAAGCCCAAGUUCACAGGACCGAUCAUGGGAGCGGAGUUCAGCCGCAGCAAGUCGGAUAACUCCUCGCACCCCAAUAAAGAGGAGGGAGAGUACUCACCGAAGGAGACGACAGCAGUAUCCUCAGGGAAUGUCACCUCGUCGUCAUAAACAGGAGACAGGGACAGGUCACACAGAGAGUUUGUGAAUAUACUGAAGAUGCAUUUGUUGUUAUCUUCAGCCUACACACAGAUCAGGACUCAUUGGAGUAUUGAGACUUGCUAAACUGGUUGAAGUGGAACCAGUGGAACCUGAAAUAGUGGGAGUGAACACAUUGUAUGUAGUUCGUAUUGUCCGUUCAUUGUACUUGUAGCAACUCUGAACGUUCUGCUCCCAGUUGUAGUUCAGCGGGGUUCAGCCUCAGUCAGGACUGGGUCAGAACAGAACUGGAUUCAUUAGGUUUCCUCUCAGUCUUGUUGAUGAAGCGGAACAUUUUCCUUGGAACACAAAGUUAUGGGAAACUGGGAGCACUGGGAGACGGUAUAGCAGCUCUAGAAAUGAAUGUUGAGGGGAAAUGAGCUUCUUAGAUCAUUUCUGUUUGAACCAGACUUUAUUCUCACCCUUCAAUAACAAAAAGAACUUGUAGCUUUUAAACCCACUACUGUUGGUUAUUUAAGAGAUUGAUUCAUGUAAAAUGUCUUUCCUCCAUCCACUAUUCUUAAGAAACUCAAUGUUUGAAUGUCCGCAUGUGAAUUAAGAGCUCCGCUGCUUUUUCUCAUUUUUUGGCACAUAGAAAAGUUUCCAACAUUUAUUACAACUUUCUAGAACCAACAGAAACACUUUCUGUUUAUUGCUUUUACAUUUAAAAUAAUCAUUUUCAAAGAAAAAAAGUAUUUUUAGAAGUGCUGCUUAGAAGGCUUGUUAAAUAAUGAAAAUAAUACUUUUUAACUAUCUUAAAUUAAAUAAUAUUAAUCAUGAAAACAUGAACAUAAUACAAUUUUUAAAAACCGUUUUCAGGGGUAAAUAAAAUUACUUUAAAUUCUUACUUGGGUGGGUCAGUUUUCAUUUGACCUUAUUUUGAAUGUCAAAUGAAAAUAGAAUUAUGAAUUAUAUGAAUUAAAACUUAAAUCUCAGUAAAAAGAAAUGACCCGCACAAAAAAAUAGUUAUGUGGUGUUUUAUUCUGGUAAAAUAAGCUUGCAAUAAUAAGUAAAAAGCACUUUCUGUGUGGGUUUUUCUGGGAAAUAUUCUGCCUUGAAGAUCUUGCAAUUUUGUUUUAUUACUGCAUGUAAUCUAGGGCAACUUGAUGCUGUUUUUAACCAUACUUUGUUGGGUGAAAUGUUUGUUUUCUAUUAUAAAGAACAUUUGUUUAUUCAUAAACUGAAUUGAUAAAGAACUAGAGGUACAAAUUUAACAUCUCAAAAAGAGACAUGAAACAGUUCAAAUUUAAUUGUAAAUAAUAAAAAAAGGCACUAGCAAUUUUUCAGAGCUCCUGGAUCCCAGACUACUAUAUGACAUUACGCUGAUUGAGACCUGGUUCCUGAUCUUUGUUUGGGAGCCAGCUGCAACUUUGGAUACUGAUAUUUUGACCAGUUACAUAUAUGUAAAAAGUGUUUUUGUAAAUGUUGUAGAAUCUGUUUAUCUGAAUGUGUUUUCUAUGUUUUAUGUAGUUGACCUCAGAUUAGUUUUACUGAUUUAUAUGACACUAAAAACUCGUUGAAAGAAAUACAUUCCAACUGUUACAGAAGUACACAGAAACACAGAGGUCCAUUUUGAGCCCAAAUAAAUAAGAGCAAAAAUAAAUGUACCCAAGAAUUUGCCAAUAAAUAACAUUAAUAUUUAUGCUGCUUGGAGUCUUGCAAGGCAUUGUAAAAGUAGUUUAUGGCACAAAGAGGCUCCCAUAGAGACUGCAGUCCGUUUCCCUGAUUGCCUUUAGCGUUGGUCUCAUAUUCACUCUGUCAGGAGUCUGUUGGUUAGUCGGAGAGUCCCUGACAGUCCAGCCUCACAUGUUCCUGUUCAAUCUGUUUAACUCCUAAGUGUUUGUUUUUUUGUUAGAACUUAAUAAAAGGAGAAUUAGAAACACA